AUGACGCAGGCGGCGUUGUUUGAUGUUGCGGUUGGCAGCAGUGCCCAGUAUCCCCCGGCGCAGCGACUGGCAGGGCCGCGGUGGCCUCCCUGCCGCGAGGACGGCCGCCGUCUGGAGGCCGGCCUUUCAGCCCGCUGGCCGCCACGCGCCUCGCCGCCGCUGCGCUCUCCGUCCUAUUGUCUCGCCGGCUAUCACGCUCACACAUUCCAGCCAGAAGGAGUAGCAACUUCCCUCACACAUCGGAACUCGUAUCCUGGUCCGCAGAGUCAACGCUGCUGCGGCCAUGCGGAUGACGUCCUGCUGUUUGCGUUAUCCAAGAAGGGCCUGCAGUUCCUCACUGAUGAAGCCGUGGCGGCCCUCGCGCGUCUGUGGCUGCAUAUCACUCCGCCGAAGUGUUUCACCCUCGCUUUAGUGGCCUCGGGCGACGACAAGAAGGUGAAGGUGGACGGCAACAUAACCUUCAAGGCUGGCUACACCACCGUGCCGACCUUACGCGUGGGUGAGACCUUCCGCUACCUGGGGCUGCAGUUCUCAACGUCUGGUCGAUGCCUGUUCGACCCUCGACAUCUGGGGGAGCGGCUGGACGUCAUCCCCCGAGCUCCGCCGAAGCCCCAACAUCGCCUUUAUGCAUUCGUCUACGUGCUUCUAUCUGGCCUGUACUAUGGGAAGGCCGGCCAUGCCCUCAGCCGCACCCGCUUCGAUGCCCUGAAGUCAGCGGACAUCGCCAUCCGGGCCUCGCGGGCUACUUCCAUGCUGCUGGGGCCGAGGGAGGACCCGGCAUUCCAUCGUGCCGCUGGAUGGGGCCAGCCCUCCGGCGUUGAGGAAGAUGGGGUCAGCCAUCGACGGUACGGGCCUGGAGAAGGUGCAGCGCGAGAUCGCGGCCAUGGAGUGGCAACUUAUGUGGAUCACCUCCUAAAGACGUCAAUGCAGGUCGGAGAAUGUGGGCGGCGCUCCUGCACAUUCCUAGCGACAGGACGUCUCUCUGCUCGUCUGCCGCCGUCCGGGGGCCGCACCAGUCGGUCGCCGACACCAGUUGGCUACUUUCUGGGCGAGACAUCAACGUCAUCCGCGCCAGCAUCAACGCUUUCCCCACCAAGGCGUGGAGCAGUCGCGAGCGGAAGGCAGACACCAGAUGCCGCGCGGGCUGCAGAGCCGUCGAAGCCGCCAACCACGUCAUCCAGGCUUGAUACCAGACGCACGGGUCCCGAGUGGAGCGACAUGAUGCAGUCGUCAAAGCCCCACCUCCGAACACCAGAGGGACUGCCCAAGCCAGACGUAGUGGCGGUGAAAGACGGCAUCGCUCGCGUGAUCGACGCCCAGGUAGUCGGCGACCACCUCCGGCUCAACUGGUAUUACACCCAGAAGGCGACCUACUACGACAUGCCAUCCAUCCGGCGUGCUUUCUCCGUCAUGCAUCGAGUCGUCCAGGAGGAGACGGUGUUCACAGCUACGGUGAACUGGUGGGAGACCUGGUCUCCUGCGGCGGGGCGUAAUCUCAUUGACUUGGAGUUCAGAUCCUGGGGAACUGGCGGUGUUAAGUGCCCGAGUGCUGCAGAGCUGCUGUCCCACCUAGGCCGAUGCCUAGAGUCGGCUUCGGGUUGA